AUGGCAGGCAAGGAUAAGACAGUCGUGAGGACGCUGGAGGAUUUAACGCUUGAUUCUGGUUAUGGUGGAGCCGCGGACUCGGUCAGGUCGUCCAGCGUGUCGCUCUGCUGCUCCGACACGCACCAGUCCGUCUCGCAUGGAGGCAACUAUUGGCAUCUGACGGAAUCCAUGCACAGCAGACACAACAGUUUGGACACGGUCAACACCGUCCUGGCGGAGGACACGGAGAUCCUGGAGUGUGCGGGACACUGCGCCAAGCUGCCCGAGCUGGAGGAGGUGCCGUGGAGCCAUGGAGAGGUGGAGGGCGCGCUAAGGAAGGACGAGGAGCUGAUGGUGGGGAACCCGUCUCCGGAGGUUCUGGCGCGGCUGUCCGCCCUCAUCAGCCGGGCGCUGGUGAGGGUAGCCCGGGAGGCGCAGCGUCUCAGUCUGCGUUACGCCAAGUGCACCAAGCAUGAGAUCCAGAGCGCCAUCAAGGUGGUGCUCUCAUGGACCAUCUCUGUGAACUGCAUCACGGCAGCUCUCAGCGCGCUCUCCCUCUACAACAUGUCCAGCGCCGGAGACAAGUUCAGCCGCGGCAAAUCUGCGCGCUGCGGCUUGGUGUUCUCCGUGGGCAGGUUCUUCAGGUGGAUGGUGGACAGCCGGGUGGCGCUGAGGAUACACGAGCACGCCGCCAUUUACCUGUGCGCCUGCAUGGAGAGCCUGUUCAGGGAGGUGUUCAGCCGCGUCCUGCGCAGCGCGCUGGUGGAGAGGGACAACGGGAUCCCCAAGAUCACGCUGGAGUCCAUGGAGCAAGCCAUCAGCAACGACUCGGAGAUCUGGGGUCUGCUGCAGCCCUACCAGCACCUCAUCUGCGGCAAGAAUUCAAGCGGUGUGCUGAGCCUGCCAGAUAGUUUGAACCUGCACCGAGACCAGCAGCGCUCCGGGAGAGGCAGCGAAGGUCAUGGAUACACCCAAGCUGAGCUACGCACGCUCGAACAAUCGCUGCUGGCCACCCGUGUGGGCAGCAUCGCAGAGCUGAGUGAUUUGGUUUCCCGGGCAAUGCAUCAUCUCCAGCCGUUACACAUCAAGAACCCCAGCAAUGGGACUCCAGUCCACCAGAAGACCAGCACCACGCUUCACUGGGAACCAGAAGCUCUCUAUACCCUGUGUUACUUCAUGCAUUGCCCGCAGAUGGAGUGGGAGAACCCCAAUGUGGAGCCGUCCAAAGUCACCUUACAGACUGAGAGGCCAUUCUUGGUUCUGCCUCCGCUGAUGGAGUGGAUCCGGGUGGCUAUCGCACACACUGAACACAGACGGAGCUUCUCUGUAGACAGCGACGACGUGAGACAGGCCGCCAGGCUGCUUCUGCCCGGUGUGGACUGUGAACCACGACAAAUAAAAGCUGAAGAUUGUUUCUGUGCUGCACGGAAGCUGGAUGCAGCCUCCACAGAGGCCAAGUUCCUGCAGGAUCUAGGCUUCAGGAUGCUCAACUGUGGACGGACAGACCUCGUCAAACAAGCCGUCAACCUGCUGGGGCCCGAUGGCAUUAACAGCAUGAGCGAGCAGGGAAUGACCCCCCUCAUGUACGCCUGCGUGCGAGGUGAUGAGGCCAUGGUCCAGAUGCUGCUGGACGCAGGAGCAGACAUCAACAGCGAGGUGCCAAGCACAGUAAACAAGCACCCCUCAGUUUAUCCCGAAACGCGCCAGGCGACACCACUCACGUUCGCCGUGUUGCACGGACACAUCCCUGUCGUGCAGUUACUGCUGGAUAACAGAGCCAGUGUGGAGGGCGCCCUGCAGGAUGGGGCGGAGAACUACACGGAGACGCCGCUCCAACUAGCUGCUGCUGCAGGAAACUUUGAGCUGGUGAGCUUGCUUUUGGAGAGAGGAGCAGACCCCAUGAUAGGGACGAUUUGUCGAAAUGGUAUCUCCUCCACCCCGCUGGGAGACAUGAACUCAUUCAGCCUGGCAGCGUCGCACGGACACAGGAAUGUAUUCCGGAAGCUUCUUUCCCACUCAGAGAAAGAAAAGGGGGACGUUUUGUCGCUGGAGGAGAUCCUAGCAGAGGGUUCGGAUCCUGGAGAGAAGAGGCUGACUCCUCAGGCUAACUGCAGCGGGACGCUGCGUACAGGAAAGGCCAGACUGAGGGCCCUGAGAGAGGCCAUGUACCAUAGCGCAGAGCAUGGCCAUGUGGACAUCACCAUUGACAUCCGCAGCUUAGGCGUUCCUUGGACGCUGCAUACCUGGCUCGAGUCCCUGCGCACAUGUUUCUUCCAGAACCGCCGGCCGCUGAUCCAGGGCCUGCUUAAAGACUUCAGCUGCAUCCAGGAGGACGAGUACACGGAGGAGCUGAUCACACACGGGCUGCCGCUUAUGUUCCAGAUCCUCCGAACCAGCAAGAAUGAGGUAAUAGGCCAGCAGCUAUCAGUCAUUUUCACCCAGUGCUACGGACCCUUCCCCAUCCCCAAACUGACAGAGAUCAAGAGGAAACAGACCUCACGGCUGGACCCCCACUUCCUGAACAACAAGGAGAUGUCUGACGUCACCUUUCUGGUGGAGGGAAAACCAUUUUAUGCACAUAAGGUGUUGCUGUUCACAGCAUCACCCAGGUUCAAGUCCCUGCUUCAAAACAGACCAGCAGCAGAAAACACAUGCAUUGAGAUCAGCCAUGUCAAAUACAACAUUUUCCAUCUGGUCAUGCAGUAUCUGUACUGUGGAGGCACAGAGUCUCUGCACAUCCGCAACACAGAAGUGAUGGAGCUCCUGUCUGCAGCCAAGUUCUUCCAACUAGAGGCCCUUCAGAGACACUGUGAGAUCAUUUGCUCCAAGAACAUCACCACUGAAACCUGCGUGGACCUUUACAAACACGCCAAGUUCCUGGGUGCCUUGGAGCUUACGGCUUUCAUCGAGGGCUACUUCCUGAAGAACAUGGUGCUGCUGAUUGAACUCGACACCUUCAAGCAGCUUCUGUACGAGCCCCUUCCUGCAGAGAGCCCUGCAUCCAGCCCCGGCAUCUGCUCUGACAUCCUCCACGACCUGGAGAAGACCCUGGCCACCCGCAUCCACUCCAUCCACCUCUCCACCUCUAAGGGCUCUGUGGUGUGACCACCGGCCUGCUCCCAUCCACUCGCAGCAUCUAUGUAACACCCAUUUAGCAAUCACCGUCCUGCCCAGUCAAACUGUAGUUGGAUAACGCCAGGAAGUCCCUUUAAUUCUGCUGCUUGUUGAAGGUUAAUGUUGACGUUUGUGACUAAACUUAUUCUUUGCCUUGAACUCCUGUCCUUUUGGUUCCCGCUGUUCACUCCACAUAAAAACCAAUAAAAGCAAACCUGGCUUGAUCACAUAGUCUGAUAAAAAUUCAGCUCUGAAUUGUAUUUCAUACAGAACUCAUGCAUGAAAUACAUAUUUUAAACUUUUUUCACUUAAAGUAGAAAUUUAACUCGAUUAUUAGAGCUCUGAAGUUUACAACACAUACAUCAGCUGGACUUGGAGGCCUUGGCAGCAGCAGAUUCAAUCCCCACUAUACGACCACUUGAAGUGACCUGUAGCAAUGUCAGGAGGUAAAACUUUAAGGUGGACUUACUCACACUUCAAUCCGUCGGUGUGUUUUUCCUGGACAUGUUUCACUGUGUUAAAUCUGCCGCGCUGCAGAAGCCAAACCAAUCACAUGAACUUCCGCUCUGGCCGCCGCUGCAGAGCCGAUUCAAAUAAACACGGCCAGCUCGCUGAAAUCUAUGCUGACUCGAUCCCUUAAACUCGGAUGUCUGACUGGGAAAUGAUUUCUGUUUUUGCAUGACACCCUCUCUACUGAGCUGCCAUUAUGUUGCUUUUUUAUGCACAGCUUACUUCAUGGACCAAAUUGAGGAGAUUGCUGCUGAAUGACUUUUUAUCCACCGCAAGACAUGGCGGGAUUCUGAAGCUGGACCUCACUUUGUAGGUUUUUUUUUUUCUGAAAGCAGUGUAAAUAUCUUCUGAUAAACAUCAUACUGGUUGUAAUUUUUUUGCAAGCUGGGUAUCAAAUCCCCCCACACGCUUGCUUGGCUGAUGACGGCGGUUCCUGCUAAACGUGCUCCCUGCUGUGCGUCCGAAUUAUGCAAAGCUGCAUGUUUAACCCAUCUGUGUGACCCCUGUGUUUUUGCUUUAGACGUGUUAUAUAAAACAUAGGACUGAGUGGGAUACUGGUUGUUCCAGUUUUAGUCAAGCUGAACAGAUUUCCAUGGAAUAAUGUGGUUCCUUAAACAUUCCAGAUGCGGAUAACGUUAGCCUCAGCAUCGAUACUGAACCUUUUCAAGACACCAUAUCCCAUUUAAACUGCCAGCUGUUUGUUAAAACAUUACUUUAGCUGCUGUUCUGUACUUUGACAUCCAUUAUGAAAAAUGAUAUUUGAUAUACAUUUAAGAAAACUAUACAAUAAAUUGUCAAUAUUUGGUUAAAUUAAAGUAGGCAGGUAAGUUGCAAAAAGUGAAGGCAGUGCUUGCUGUGCAGGACCUGAAUAAAGCUAGAAGAGAUGCAGAGGAUGAGCAGAUGAACCAGUGACUAAAGACAUAAAGAGGAAUCGGAAGAACUGAAGAGUGGAACUAGAAUCACAAAUAGAGAAGAGAGGAGACCAAGGGAAAUAAAUGGCAGAACAGGAACUGAACACAGUCAGGAAAGUAAUAAGCAGUAGACAAAAAAACAACUACUGUAGAUAUUAGAAACAGAGACAACAGGGGGAGUGGGAAACCUAGAAACUUUAGGAAAACAGGCAGCUAAGAAGAAAACGGAACGAUAAGGGACAGAUGGACCAAAAUAAAACAGGAAGUUACUGAUAAAGGAAACCAAAGAUAACUCAAAAUGCAAAAAAACAAUAAUAAACAAAGUCCAAUACAUGACAAUGAGCAGAUAAAAUGUAAACAUUUUGAUUCUUUUCAAACUCCUUUUAUUAUUUUGCACAAAACAUGUUUUUAAGCAUUAAACAAAAGAUAUGAAACCAACAUGCACUUUCCAGCUGGCCUUCCAAGAGUUACUUUGGCUUAAAACUACUUGGUUAAAAAAAGUUUUCAUGUUUUUUCUGUUGCAAAAGGUUUCCUCAUAUCAUUGAUCAAGUUAAAAUUCAGCUGUUACUUAGACAUAUGUGUUAAAAGUAGCAGAGGUUCAAAACUAGACACUGAGUAAUGCUAACAGAUGUUUAUCCUUUCUGCUCAGAUGAACAGAAAGUUCUCAAAUUGAUGCAUUUAGCUGUACUUUGCUAUACAGCUAAAAUAGAUUUAAUGAAUGUAACACAAAGAUUUGUAAGACAGAGAUUUUGAAAGCAUGCAAUUUUCCCAAUCCAGCAACACACCAAAAAAAAAAAGUUUCUGUCCAGCUUUUACAAUGCAAAUGUUUGUUUCAUCCUUUAUAUUGUCAUAAAAUAUAAAAUCUUCUCGCUUCAAAUAUUGUAGCACACAAAAAAUGACUUCAAUAUUUUACUUUUUGGGCCCGUUUACAAAUUUUUAGAACAUUUAAAGUUGUGUCGAUAUUGACAACAAAAAAAUAAAUAAAUAGAUGUUAAAAUAAAAACUUUAUUUUCUUAUCUACAUAACAGUGUAUAUUUUAUUUUACAUUCAGCUGUUUUGUUUUACAAAAUAAAAGCGUUAUAUUUAAUAAUAUAGAGAAGAAGCAAUAUUUACAUUUAAUUGUGUUCCCAUGAGAUUAGCUAGGAUGUAAAUGUGAACUCAAAGAGAUGUAAAUUAAAUGAGUGAUUGAAUAUCGCGCAUAUAUUUUUUAGGGUUAAAUAUCCGUGGCAGCCCAUGGUGUAUUUUUGCUUUAAAGAGUUUAAUGUAUGUUGAUAACUUCAACGAAUCAUUACAUAUUCACAUAUUUUAAUGGAAACGCUUUAUUUGAAAGAUAUAUAUAUAUAUAACCUGAUGCAAACCAAGGUUCAUGAUGAUGUCAAGCACUUUUUUGUGCCAGUGUUACUGUAGCCUCACACAAUCGGAGUUUUACAAGUGAGCUUGAGUUCAAGUCUUAUUGUGACCCAACAGCAGCUGAGUACAACACAAAUGUGACAAUAAAGUCAGAGAUUUUACGCUUAUCUGUUUUUGUUAGUCUUAAUGUUAUGCCAGUAGCAAAAAACAAACAAAAAAACUUAGCGUGUCCCAUUUCUGGCAUCUCUGUCCCAAAAACCGGGUCAAAGCUGUAGAGUAAAUGUCAGUUUGCAUGGCUCUUCUUGUUUACUGUUGUUGGGAAUGUGUUCUGUACUGCAGCUUUGUCUAAACGCCCUCCUUUGUGUUUGUCUGAGAAUUUAUUAUCCUGAGUAUUUGUUACUGGUAAUAUACCCUAAUUUUCCUUAGACACAGUGAUAACUUGCAUGGGUUAGUUCAAAUCCACACGGGGAUGAAACUUUUGCUACUUUCCUUUGAGGGGAAACUGUACAUUGUACAAAUUAUAUAUACGAAAUAUAAAUUAUACAUGGUGUAAGAAGCAGAGAUGUGGUGGAGUAUAACAACAAAGAGAAAUGUUACACUCAUGCUGCGGUUUCUGUCAUUCCAUGACAUGCUAUUGUGGACAGCUAAUAAAGACCUCAGUUUAAAAA